AUGUUUAUUUUGUAACUGACGUGACAUUGCUGAUUAUUUUGCUCUUAAAUAGCCUAGGCUGCAGUUCUGACUCCUAUGAAACAUCUAGGUUAAUGUUCCUCAACUAUUGAAAGCAUUCGGGGUGGGUGAUUGCCAUGAUUGCACAGCUUAUUUUACUGGGGUUGUGGGCUACAUUACAGUGUGCAGUUUUUAGGUGCAGCCUUUGGGGGCGGAGACGACGGGGUGCUUAUUGGCUACUACAAGCAUUGCCUCUUUGCUAGGAGCUCAUUGAAGUAGGCUACUGACAGACCGACGAAAACAGUCGGAGGACGCUAUGUUCGUUUUGGGACGUCCCUCUCUUCACUGAUUGACAAUGCCGGGAACUGUGAAAGAUUUUUCAGUGAGCUAUGAUGCCAUAAACGAAGAGAACACGUUCACCUGUGGUGAUUGUAUUAAAGGACGUGUGGUUCUGCAGUUAGGAAAGGAAGCCAAGAUAGAAUAUUUGUUCAUUAAAGUCAAAGGAGACGCAGACGUCCGCUGGACCGAACGACACGGCGAUGACGACCGAACAUAUUCAGCUCACGAGAGAUACUUCAAAUUGAAACAAAUGUUAAUAUCAGAGGAAGCUGAGAAUACUAAAGUGAUCCCUGGGACGCAUGUGUAUCCAUUUUGCCUACAGAUUCCUGAAGGGCACUUUCCAUCAUCCUUUGAGGGACACCAUGGCAACAUUAGAUACAAACUCGAGGCAAAGAUGAAGCGAUCCUGGAAAGUGAAAAAGAAAGCAUCAGCCAAAAUAAACUUCGCAACCAAGUUAGAUGGAGACACUGCUCAGCUAAUGUCACCCCAGUUCGGAGAAAAAGACAAAAAGAUGAAUAUAUUCUCCUCUGGUAGCCUUUCUUUUAAAGCUCAGCUUGAAAAGACAGGAUACGUGCCAGGAGAAAUGCUUGUCGUUCAAGCAGAGAUUGAUAACUCUUCAUCCCGUAAUCUCAAACCUAAGUACAAACUUGACAAGAAAAUCACAUACAUUGCACAUUCAUCAACCAAAAUAGAACGAGGCACUAUAUUCAAAGAGGAGGGGUCUCCAAUCCCAUCUAAAGAUCAUCAAACCGUCACCCAGGAGUUGAUGAUUCCCACGUCCCUUCCCCCAACCAUUUUGUUCUGCAAGGUCCUCCGACUAGAAUACAAAUUAAAGGUCUACAUUGAUGUUCCAUAUGGUUCAGACCCAGAGAUCAAAUUCCCUGUGGUUAUUCUGCCGGUGCACAGACAUGGUCCUUGGAUGUCAGGAGGGCCAGUACCCUUUGGCCAGCCUCCUCAACCAGGAGCUGCUGGACCUCCACAUUAUUUGUACCCACCAGAACCAGUGCGCUAUCCCCAUCCAGGUCCUCCACCAGCAAACCCGAUAGCAGCCAAUCCAGGCAUGCAACCGCCUCCAUUCUUCAACCAAGCAGGAGCAGCAGCAUAUCCAGUCCCAGCUGUUUCUCUACCAAUGCAACCAAACGUAACCGACCAACUGCCCCCACCACAGUAUGACCAGGUGACACAUCCAGCGCCAAGUGCACCACCUUUGUACCCUACGCUACCUACAUCCGAUUUUCUUUCAUCUCCAAGUGCACCGCAGUACUUUCCUGGGGCAGCUGGCCAUGAUUUUCUGUCCAACCCAAGUGCCCCGCAGCAGUAUCCAGGGCCUGCUGCACCUUCGUUCUUAUCAUCCCCCAGUUUGCCGUCUGCUGACCCUGGGUAUGAUCCCCCUACCUAUGAAAUGGUGUUCCCCAAUCCACCGGCAUCUGGAAGCUCUCCAAACUCAACUGCCUCAGAUCCCACACCAACUAAACCUCCAUCCUAACCAAGCAAUGCCUAUUUCCUAAGUGCCUAAGUCCCACCGAGGUGGUUAGUGUGAUGACAUCAGUAAGGUAUCCAUUCAUUUCACUCCAUCACAAAUAAGUGCUUUUCAUACCACAGCAAAUUGUAUGUACAGCUCCAAGCAAAUACGUCAUAUGUCAUCUCAGUGGAGUUACACAACAUGUUCACAAUGUAAAUGAAUCCAAGAAAAGGAAAAAUAACAAUGAAAACGGGUUGCUAGUUGUCCCCGAUAGAUAUAAAUAAUAAUAAUAAUAAUAAAAGAAACACUGGCUUUAAUUGUAUACUGAAGCUCUAGAGUCCUUUAGUCAUAUUCUCAUGUUCUCUCUUAGCUCUAUCACCCUGUAAUCAAUGAUAAUUCCUAGUUCAAUGCAUAUGAGACCACUUCUUCCAUUGCCUCUGAACAUGGAGGGUUGUGUCUUGUAUCAGUCAUAGGCUGCAUGUUAUGUAGAGUUCAUUUCAUUGUCUGUCUUGCAUUAACAAACAUCUCAGUACAAAUCAAUGUAUUUAUGUAAAAGCAAAAAUUCAUUUCACAAAGGUGCAAUCACUGCUGCCCGGUUUUACAAAGUAAACCUCGAAGAAAUACACUCUGGAGGAACACAGAAUGCACUGCAAUGUUUAUCCGGCUACGCAUUCAUUAUUGUAAGGGAACAUUAUCUAAGAAAGACAUUUAUAGUUUUGUAGCAAACCAGUAAUAUGAUUUUAUCUCCAACUGGACUUAAAGGCAGCAAAAUGUAUAUUGUUUGAACAUAGAUUAUGCAUAACAUGCAUUAUUUUAAAUAGUAGACAUCUGAAUUUAUAGUCAUUACACUUUUGUACCUGGCCAGUGUAUUAAGCAAGCAGUUUCAUGAAUGUAGUGGACUACAUGCAAACUUGCUGUUCAUUACGUUCAUUGCGAGAUUUUGUGUGCUAAACAAAAAUAAAGGUGUAUAAAGAGUGAA